GACAUUAUCCAGUGAACGGAGCUGCUUUCAAAAAUUAUGUGCACCCCCGGACAGCAAUAAAGAACAUUUAACUACCCCUGGCUGUUAAUUUUCGCCCUGGGACAAUUAUUCUGAAGAAAUAUGGGACCACGUGGAGGCGUUGAGCAGGUGAUUGAGGAGCUUAGAGUAAAGAGAAUGCGAAAGUGGUUCAAUGAGAAGUGGGCCAAAGUGGUUUAAAGGCUUAUCAGCUUCCUCCGCCACCCAUCAUAGGCGUGCGGGGCCAUUAUAGUAAUGCCGGGCCCCCCUUCUCGCGUCGCAGACCAUGCUUCCCCGAUGCGCCCCCAAAGGCAGCCAUCUUCGUAACGCGCAGCAUCCACCGCCCAUUCGCCAGAUUUUGCCUGUGAUUUUUUCGGUGCUGGUACUCGUUAUCGGUCAAGAAACGAAACCCGGCCCGCCCAGAUACAGUUCGAGAAUAGUGGAAAUACAAAGCGGCGCCAUCAGAGGCGUUAUAUUGGAAUUGAAUUCUAGACAUUUGGAACCAGUUGAGGUUUUUCGUGGUGUGCCUUAUGCAGCGCCUCCAGUAGGUCCUCUACGUUUCCAGCCACCACAACCGCCACUUUCUUGGCCUGGAACGCGAUUAGCUGAUACAUUUGGUGCCGUAUGUCCUCAAAAGUAUCCAGACGUUGCCAAUAAAACCGCAGCUCUUCAAUUAAUGCCCAAAGGACGCUAUCAGUAUUUGAAAAAGUUGAUACCUCUUCUAGUGAAUCAAUCCGAGGACUGCUUGUUUUUGAACAUCUACGUACCGGGAAGCGGAAAUCGUGGUAUAGAAGCCCCCUAUGCGGUGUUAGUGUACUUACACGGUGAAAGUUACGAGUGGGGUGCAGGACAUCCUUAUGACGGUAGUGUUCUAGCAUCGUAUGGACACGUUAUAGUGGUGACGUUGAAUUUUCGUCUUGGUGUUUUAGGAUUCCUCCGUACAAAAUCCAGUAUCGAGUCCAACGCUUCGGACAGUAGUAAUUUCGGAGUGAAAGACGUCGCAGCCGCUCUACGUUGGGUUGAAACGAACAUAGCGGCAUUCGGAGGCGAUCCGAAUCGUGUCACGUUGGCCGGACACGAUACCGGAGCCGCCCUGGCGAAUUUGCUAUUUCUUUCGCCGACUUCAAAAGGUCUAUUUAAACGAAUAAUUUUGCUGAGCGGAACCGCAUUGAGCCCGUGGUCCUCCCUACACAACGCAGACAGUUUGAGAUUGAGUAUCGGUAAGCAAAUGGGUUGCUUACCUCAAGACUCUAAAGGCGACGACAGUGAAGAUAUCGCGGCUUGUAUGAGAUCAAGGCCUCUCCAAGCAAUCCUCGACGUCCACCUAGACAGUGUCCGCUUCAUGCCCCGAAUAGCCCCAUCCCUCCCCAUCGACUCAGAUUCGACCGAUCCAGGCUUUGCCAUGGAACACGCCAGCGACACCUUCAUCACUUGCGAAGUGAUGCUGGGUAUAACGACGACCGAAAGCUACGCGGACUUCAAUGCUAACGACAUCCAGUACGGUUUCGAAGAAGACCAACGUAACAGAGUGCUACGGACUUAUAUCAGAAACACUUACGUGUAUCAUUUAAAUGAGAUAUUCAGUGCUGUGAGAAACGAGUAUACAGACUGGGACAAGCCGAUACCGCAUCCAAUUAAUAUUAGAGAUUCUACGAUGGAGGCGUUGAGUGACGGGCACACAGUUGCGCCGUCUGUUAGAGUUGCCUAUUUACAUGCGCGAAGGGGUGCUAAGACUUAUCUUUUUCAUUUUGGGUAUCAAACGAAAGAUAGUGAUUAUCCACAGCGUUUAGGUAGCGUCCGAGGCGAAGAUCUAACAUAUAUCUUCGGUCAACCUUUGGUACUAGGCCUACCAUAUUUCCCUCAAAACUAUUCCAGGCAAGAUAUGGGAGUAUCAGAGGCUCUUCUCAAUUUUGUGAGCAAUUUUGUGAAAACUGGUGAUCCAAAUGUUCCAGGGAUUCAUAAAGAAGUACCUGACUAUGGCACUCCUAGAGAGAAAACGAGGUAUCGCGGAUUGACGUGGGAUCCUUACGAGAUCGGCACCCAGUUUUAUCUUAGUAUCACUCAAAAACCCAAAAUGAAAAGCCAUUAUAGAGGUCACAAGAUGGCCGUGUGGCUCAAUCUUAUACCACAACUUCAUCAACCUGGUGAUGAAGAUAUAAAUAUGAGGCAUCAUCAUUUUUACGAAAGGGAACCCCAUUAUUAUGCAGGUGCAGUUAGAGCAGAAUCGUUUACUCGGCUGCCACCCAUUAUGCAUCCAGCUUCGAUGACCGAUUCUCAGAUAAUCGGUGUAGGAUCAGUCAAUACUGAAUGUGUGCCACAAACAACCCCUGAGGAUAGAUUGGUGAUUGCUGAAGAUGUCGACACUGAUGAAGAAGAAGCAAGUGAAGAACUCCUAGAACGUCUAGCCACAAGACAUUACUACAGCUACACCGCUGCAUUAGGAGUGACCGUAGGCGUCGGAUGUCUGCUUCUAGUUCUAAACAUGUUAAUAUUCGCUGGAAUUUAUUACCAGAGAGAACGCGACAGGCGGAGACAAAACAGAAACGGUAAUUCCAGAAACUCGAGAAGCAACUCGACGCCAUCUACGGAAGAAACCAUUCCGAUGUCGCAAAGGCCUAGUACACCUGGAAGCAGUGCCAGACAAUCGCCGUUGAUUGGCCGCAGGGAUCACGAACUAACAGAAAUUCCUACUUGCUAUAAUACGGUCUCUAGAAACCAAAACUACCACGCAGCAGGUCUUGCCUCUGCGACCAGCACUCUCAAAAAAGACAAACCUCCUCCGCCCGUCCGUACUUCGAGUAACCCGCUCCAACAACCACCGCCCAAUACGGGUACCAUCAAAAAACGGGUUCAAAUCCAGGAGAUUUCCGUAUAGCAUUCGGACCAGUCGGACUGUCAGAGUAGCAAGACGGGACGUCACAUCAAAUUCGACAGGUCCUGUCACUUUGACAGUCCGACGCGGCCGGACGUGACGCCGGAAGACGAUGACGUCGACGCGGUUUCGUUAGAACAAUGCGAUUUAGUAAGUGUCCGGUUAUAACCGGAUGAGAUUGGUGAUGUUAUUUUAGUGAUUGUGGAUUGAGGAUUUAGAACUUGUGUCAAGGGAAAAAUUAUUUUAUUAUAGACAUAGGUCUGUUUCUGCAAAAAUCACCAACCAGUCAGAGGGAAUUUCAUUGGUUGAAUACAGUGAGAAAACUAGUUUC